AUGGCUCUUGAGGCGCUUCAAAUGUCUGUGCCCCCACCGCAUACUCUCUAUUCAUUCCCCUGCCCUGUCUCUACUCAGAUGGUGCACCAUGGAUUCUCACAGCCAGAGCUGCAAGCUGUGCUACAGCCCCCCUCGCGCGUUUCUCCUAACAUGCUUACCCUCCCUCUUCGUGGCGGCCAUGAUGACGGCAGUGGAGGGCGACAUCGCAUGGGUGCUGCGGGAGGCCAUCCAUGCUCUUUGAGGGGACUCGGAUGUCCCUCAUCUCCCACACCCCAAUCCCCAGCUCAUAGCAUACAUGAAAGGAGUCGCAGCGAUGGUGACGGCAGUGGAGGGCGACAUCGCAUGGGUGCUGCGGGAGGCCAUCCACACCCUUUGACGCACAUCAAAUGUCUCUCAUCUCUUGCACUACCCACUCCUCCUUACCUCGUCCAGCUAAUCGCGUUCAUCAAGGGAGUGGCGGCCAUGAUGACAGCGGUGGAGGGAGACAUUGCAUGGGUGCUGCGGGAGGCCAUCCAUGCGGACGUGCAGGAGUUUGCACGCGUGUAUGUGGCCUCGCUGCUCAAGCGUGUCUCCUCCUCCAACAUGGACUCUCCUUACGCCAGGACACUGCUGAGGAUCCGGGCAGUGGCAGCGGACUGGGCGGGGAUACCGGAGGAGGAGGCACUGGAGGUGGUGGUGAAGAGCCGCAAGGGACACCCUGUCAAUGAGGACGACCUUAAGCGGCUCGCCCUGCCGCGCCCCACCCCGCCGUCCCUCGCCCAGCAGGAGGUAGUGUUUGUUUCCUUCAUGCGGCUGCAGGAGUCUUUUCAGAUGCAUCAGUGGUGCACUUGUCUCUUCGACAAGGCUGCCCUUCCAUUCAAGUUCUCGUUUCCUCUCUCGCUGCUCCUGCUGCCUUCGUCCCCCUUACAAGACGCCUUGCUACAGGUGACAGACCUCUCCUUCCUGUGGCUGCGGGAGUCCAAGCUUCUGGACAAGUCGUUUGUGGCGGCAGCGACAGCCCUGGGUGUGGGAGGGAGGUACAGCGUGGCUCCAUGCAGCUACAGCGGGCUCUUGCGUCAGACGCACCUGCAGCUAUUGGGCCGCACUGUGGACAUGCGGGAUCUGCUGACUCAGCGGCUCAACAAGCUGACUAGGCGCAACCUGGAUUUCAUCCUCGGCCGCAUGGAAGGGGCAGAUCUCUGCCACAUCAUGACGGCUGAAACCCCACACGGCAACUUGUAUGCGGUUGUUCUGUAUAAUGUAGUUUGUAAACGCCCCCUGCCCCCCAACUCCUACUCGCUCCCUCACUCACACCAGGAUCUGAACGAGGCCUACACGCACAUGUGCCUGCUGCACUCGCAGUUCAUAGGGCAGCCCCAUGUGGAUGCAGUGGUGGCGCUGCUGGGCCCGCACUCUCUGCCCAUGCUGCUGCAGUUCUGCCUCGACUCACUCUCCCACAAGGUCUCCCACCAACUGUCGCCUCUAGCAGCAAAGUUGCUGCCUCUAUUGCCUGCUCAAGACCUCCAAAUUCCCUUCGAAUCUGGCCUCCCAGUUCAUCCCAACAGCGCCAUGGCUGGGCCUUGUCCCCUCCCCGAACCACCGCAACCGUCUGCUGCAGCUGCUCAGAAUCAACCCCUCCGACCUGCCCUGUCGCCCCUCCUGCCCUUAUUUCCUCCACGUUCCCUCACCCCCCCGCCCCCAUUCUUCCCCCAUCAGGCACAUGCAUCCACGCUGCAGUUCAUCCAAGCAGCGCCAUGGCUGGGCCUCGUGCCGUCCCCCAACCACAACCGCCUGCUGCAGCUGCUCAGAAUCAACCCCUCCGACCUGCCUCCCCACGAGGCCUUCACCCCCCGGGGCCUCCGCCACCGCUCCCCCCGCCACCGUCCCUCCCAUGAGUCACGCCGAGAGAGAAGGCCAGAAUUGGAAUCAACCCGGGAAUCUGCAGCCACUGCUGCUACUACCGGUGGUGAUGAUUAUAACGAUGAUGAUUGUCGUCGUGGUGAUUUUGCGAUGGGGGGUGGUGCAGAUGGGCAGAGGAUGGAUCAGGGCAGAGAUGGUUUUUCAGUUGCCCAAGGGGGUGAGGGGGAGAUCGAGGAUGGGCACAUGGGUUCUCCGCCGGAGAUUUCUCUCCCUCCUGCUGCUGCUGCUGCUGCUGCUGCUGCUGGGCCUGGUGGUCCUGAUGCUGCUUCGUCUGAACCUGAUGGUUCAUUGUUGGAGCUUCACAAUCGGCCGCAUGGAUCCCGUCGUUCAGACGCGCACGAUAAACCCUGGCACGAUCCACCCCAACCGCCCCCCCCUCCUCCGCCUGCGCCCCCAGCGGCCCCUCUGACUGAUCUGCUGCAGAGGGUGUGUGCGUCCGUGCCUGUGGUGCGGUCCUCGAUGCUCGGCAUGCUGCAGGCUGCGCAGGUUGCAGGUGAGACGAGAUGA